CCAGGGCUGGAGCUGGCAGGUAGCAGAGAGAAUGGAGAAAUGGGGGUGGAGAAUGGAAGCUGCACUUGCUCAGAGCUCAUAGCUACACACUGAGUGCAGGGAAAGCUGAAAGUUAACAUGGUAAAUGGGGGCUAUUAGGCGCUCUUGGCUUUGUAAAUGAGCCAGCAUGCUGCUUCCCUAGCCAUUCAGCCCUGCGCAUUUGUCCAGAGAGCACAUUGCUUUGGCCACUCCGUGUAGAUUUGGGAAGGAAUAGCGGGGAUCGCCGUUGCAGGAUUGAGAGGAUGGGCUACCCACAGCAUGGGGGGACUUUGCUUGGGGGCUACUAACCCAGCACCAUCGGAUCAUGUGGCUGAACACGUUCAUUCCCGGAGCCCAGUGACAGCCCCGUCUCCCCAGUCUGUGCAUCGCACUCGCUCAGAGAGGGAUUCCCAAUAGAAGCGGCAGUUCCACUCAGGGAGCGACUGAGCAGCGUCAGACGCACAUCGCAUGGGCUCAUUGUGGCUGAUUCCUUUCAGCGAAGCCUGGCAGCAUCGGAGGCUGGAGCUGCCCGGCCGGGCAUAGCCGCUGCCAGUACUGGCCCCCCCGGCUGCACCCAUAUGGGAGAGUGGGCUCCGCAUGGCGUGCUAUUACCUGGUCAUCAGCUCCACGCACCUCAGCAACGGCCACUUCCGCACCAUCAAGGGGGUCUUCAAGGGGCCUCUCCGCAAACCGGGCACCUCCUCAUUACCGGACCCAUUAUGUGGCUAUGCAGAAAAGGGCAAAAGCAUAGCAAAUGCUCUUGAAGACCUGAAGGCUAAUUUCUAUUGUGAAUUGUGUGACAAGCAAUACCACAAACACAAGGAAUUCGAUAACCACAUCAAUUCAUAUGAUCAUGCACAUAAACAGAGAUUGAAAGAAUUAAAGCAGAGAGAGUUUGCUCGUAAUGUUGCUUCAAAGUCGUGGAAAGAUGAAAAAAAGCAGGAAAAAGCACUUAAACGUCUCCAUCAGCUUGCUGAGCUGCGGAAGCAACAAGACUGUGUUUCAGAUAAAGGUCCAGUAUGUAAAGAACCAAGAUUAAGAAGUACUGAGAAUGCAAUAUUCCCAAGCAAAGAUGGCAGGACUUCAAAUUCCAGAUGUACGUUUGUUUGUAAAGGAGAACCCGUUUCCAGCAGUGCUAUUGCAGAGAACAAAGAAGACAUUUUAUUUGGCAGGGAUAUAAUGAAUAAAAGCAGAUGCUGUUAUGUUGGAAAUCAGACCCAACUAUCAUUCACAAACAACAGCAGUGUCAACAAUAGAACAGGAGUGUCAUUCUGCUUUUCCAAGAAGGCUUUACAGAAACUUGAUUCCUCAGCAUCAGUUUUCAAUGAGAGUACUGAAGAUAUAAAUGACUGCAGUCAGUUCUUCAAUCAUAAAGCAAAACAAAUGUCUGUAAGCUUUAGACACUAUGCACACUUGGAUGACGAUGCAGGAGAAAAUAAUACGUUGACUUUGCAUGAGAAAACAGAUAAGUCUACACCUGUACAUGUUCCUGCAGAUGAGGAGUUAUUUGAAGAUGAUGAUGGGGGUAGUAAGGAACAAACAGUGGUACAAAAUGAAAUUGCUCAGUCAAAUUUAAAUAUCAAACCACAAUCUUCCGAUGUGAGUUUCAACGAGGCCUGCAAACAAAUAGAAAAUCAAAACAUUUUUUCGAGGUCAGAGGAAAAUUGUGAAAUAUCUGAGGACAAAGACUGCACAACUAAAAGAAGUUACCAGGAAACUCCUUCCAAUAAGCACUCAGAUGUAGAUGCUGUUUUAAUACAUCAUCCAUCAGAAGACCUUUCACAAAAAAAUAAUAAAAAUGAGGUAACCUGCAAUUUAAAUGUGCAAUACUUGGAUGCACCAUAUGAUCCGGAGCUUUCCUGCAGUUCAAAUGUGCAAUAUUUGGAUGCUCCAAAUCAAUCAGCCCAGAGCCUAAACAAAUGCACAGAACCCAUAAUCAGUGAACCUUUAAAUGGCAGUGUCCAAACCAGUGCACCAUCUUGUCUUAGUGUUUUGAGCAAAGAUGGAAGUACUACCCUUCAGUGGCCAAAAGAGCUGCUUUUGUUUACAAAGUCUGAACCCUCAAUUUCCUAUGCCUGCAAUCCAUUGUAUUUUGAUUUCAAAUGCUCUAGAAAGUAUACAGCUGGAGAAGCAAGUGAAAGAAUUUCCAGUACUAAUGAGGAACAAGAGGAUCAGAAAACUGCAAAAGAAAAACAAACAGAUUUGGAAAGUGAACCUGACAGCCAGCCAGUAAAACCAAAGAGGGAAAAACUAAUCUCAAAAGACAAUCUUAUAAAAGAUUCUAAAUUAUAUUCCAGUUACAGAGCUGAGAAGAAAAUUACGCAAAAACAGAUGAACGAUAAUGUAGCACAAAAUUCAAUCGAUCAAAGUGGCACACCAAAUUAUGUUGCUAGAAAAGGUCAACAUUCAAGAAAACGAAAGCACUCGGUCCAAAAUUGGUUAGGGAAUUGCCAGGAUUCAGUGCAGAGAACUGAUGAGAAUAAUUUGGUUUUUCGAGAAAAUUCAAAAAGUAAGAAUCCUAAGUCUUCAGGCGACAACCUUUUUAGUAUGAUAGGCAAAGCGGAACACAUGGAUUGGUGCAGCUCUUAUCAUAAAUAUAAAAAUAUUGGUAUAGGUCAAAGUGAAAAUGACUCUUGGGAUAGUACAAGCGAUAAAAACAGCUCUUGCAGUACAGUCUCAAGUCUCGAAAAUGAUACUAGUCCAGAGAGUUCUUCUCAAAACUCUGAAUCCAAAACCAUCUACGAGUAUUCAGAUUCUUCCAUGAGUGUUGGCUCGAAACACAGACAUCAUAGAUCAAGUAUAAUAGGAAAGCACAACAGUGAUCGGUCUCGUGAACGUAGAAAACAUCAUCAUUCUGAGGGUUCUGAUCAAGAAAAGGUUUAUAAAUGUAGAAAUGUAAAGCACAAAUUGUUAAAAAAGGUGUCAAGAAAUCAAUGUCAAGGUGAUCAGCUAUGUUACAAGCAUGCCAGGCAGCAGCAGUGUCCUAGAAAAAAUGACAAAAACAUAAAGAAUAGUUUGUGUGGAAGGCAAGCAGAGAACAAAGGAUGUUCCAACCUUAGCAAUUCAGGAGAGAUUUCAGAAGAAACAACGGGUUCCCUAAGUGUGCAACGAUGUUCUCAAACUGGAGAAAUGUGCAACGCUAUUGAAAAAGAGAAAACAACAUAUAAAUGUUAUUCCCAAAAUAUAGUCUCUCUUUCAGGAAAAUAUUGUGACAGAACUUCAGAAAAUAUUGUGAACCACAUAAUAGUAGAAGAGAAAAAAACACUCAUUGCUGAACUCAUUUUGGAAACCGGGCAUUCUACAAAAGCAGAGGAAACCAAAAUGACUUCAGCAGAGUUCUCUGAAGGUGGCGCUAUGGAAAUAAAAGAACAUUCAGAAAGUUUUUUAGCUGUUGAGUUUCCAUCAGCUCAUGAGACAACAAUUUUACCCCUACAAGAAAAUGGCACCAAUGACGUACUGGAAAAUGGGUUGCUUGAAAGUAAAACUGAUGAGUUAAAUGCAUAUAAAGUCACUGUUACUACAAAUGAUAAAAACUGUGUUUUUGAGAACAUAAUCCAUAUGGAUACUGAAUCUCGAACCCCAAAUAUUCCAAAUUCUAUUGUUGAACAACCUAAACAGCAUGGUGAAGUACAUCCUAUUAUGCAAAGCUCUGAUCAACGCCAUUUUAAUGUACCGUGCCCUUUGCCCUCUCUUAGACAUUUGAGUGAAAACACUUCCCAAAUGACCAAAGAAGAAGAAAAUAAAAAUGGACAUAUUGUAAAUAUAAAAACAAACCCAGUGGAAGAAAAUGUAAAAUGCUUUUAUGAUAUUACUAUGCAGGACUCAUUUAAAGCUGAAAAACAUCAAAGGGUGUGUCAUAAGACUACAUCUCCUCCUUUAACACAACAACCUAUAACUUUCUCUCCAGAUGAAGUAGAUAAAUAUAGGCAAUUGCAGCUCCAGGCACAACAGCAUAUGCAGAAACAACGCUUGUCUAAGCAUUUUAAAGGGUUACCUUCUAUGGGAUCAUCUGUUUUUUCAGCAGCAAAUACUAUACAGCCUGUUUCAGUUCAUCACCAUCCUUCAAUCACUACAAUUCAUCAUGCACUCAUGCAGCGUUAUGCAGUCACAGCUUCCAUGCAUCCUCCACCAAAUCAUUUUCCUUUGCCUCAGCUGAAUCCUUUUCCUCAACCACACUUUUCUCCCAUUGCACUUUCUUCAUUGACACCAACACUAUUUCCAGCACAACCAACAUUCCUAGCAAGUCAUCCUUUGCAUUUAGUCUCUGCAACAGCAAUUCAUCCUGCCCCACUUACUUUCCAAGCAAUUCCACACACAGCCCUAAUUCCUGCCAUUUUUACUUCCCACCCCAACACAGGGAUGUCACCAGCUAUCCAUCUACCUCCAUUGAUUCAUCCGUUCUUUCAGGGGCAAGAAUUUCAUCCUCUUUCUGGAACAAAUCAAUCUCACUAAUAUGUACUAGGAUACAACACACAGUAAUAGUAGGCUUUAGUUUUAGUCCCCAUAUUAAUUUAACAAUAGGGACCAGGGCCGGAACUAGGUGUAAGCAGAAGAGGAACCUGCCUAGGGUGCAACACUGGGAGACGCCCAGGCAAGUACCUCUGUAUCCUAUCCCAAGUCCCCAUUCCCUUGCCCCAUCUUUGCACAUGCACAUUGCAGGGGAGAGGUGGCCGGCCGGGUUGUCUAGGGUACCUGGUUGUCUUGGCCCACCCCUGAUAAGAACAAAAAACUUAUGUAGAUCCCAUAAUAUUAAAGUGUUAUUUUUUUAACUGUAGUUUUGUAAGCAUUAUCUCUUUUUGUGCUAAAUUAGCAGUAACUUGCUAAAUAAAUGCAAAUAUUUACUAAAAUAAUGGUGGAUACAGGCAUCUGUUAAAUCUCCUGUGGAUUCCAAUAAUUCAGUCAAUCUCAAUCAAUGUCAGUUAUGUAAAGAUUUACUUUGUAGUAUUAUUGUUAUUAUUUGUAUAGCGCUAAGACAUUUAUGUUAAUCUUUAUCCUAUUUUUGUUAUAGAUCCUCAUUCUAGUAAUAGAUUUAAAAAGAACUGUAUGCAGAAAAUCCAAAAUGUAUUGAACAUGUUUGAACAUAUUUAUUUUAAACAGGUACUGAAUUUUGAAAGAAAUUAUAGUUUAGAUUCUGGUAAAACAAAUAGGCCAAUGGGACAAAAAAAUAAAACUCAAUUAUUGAGCAGGUCAAAUAAAUAAAUUAAUAAGAUAAUAGCAAUCAGUACAAAUUACUUAGCUUUCUAGAUCAUCAGAUUUUUUUUUUAUCAGCAUAAAUAUAUUGUCCGUGUUAGGAAAUGAAACAUUAUCCUAUACAAUCAGCAAGUUAUCUAUGCAAACAAAUGGAAUGAAUCAGAAAUUCUAGCAUUAGUUUCACACUGCCAAUCAAAACUUACAGAAUACUAUAUGUUGGUGACCACUUUUGCAUAUCCGUAUGGACAUUAUAGUAAGUUAUAUUAAAUGAAAUUAAGUAUCGACUGAUCUUAUGCCACAGACAAAUAUAGAUUUAUAUAUACUAUAUUAAAACAUUAACACACAACUAGAGUAAUAGUAACAGGUAAAAAAAAAUCUAAAAGUAUUUAAACACUAUGCUAAUUAAUUUAUGAUUUUGGACUCAUUGGGGCACAUUUACUAAUCCACGAACGUCCGAAAAGCGUCCGAAUGCGUUUUUUUUCGUAAUGAUCGGUAU